GGCGGUGUCGCUAGCAUCUCCGUUCUACGUUCUACGGCGUCUACCUAAUCAGACUCUUGAACUUUCCAAGGUUGACAUCGAGUACUGCACUCUGAUAGAUACACUACCGGGUACCACCUUGACCUCUCUCUAUCACGCUUUCUUACACACUGAGCCUGGGACGACUACCGAGCAAAUCACUCUACUAUACCUACUACCAUUUAUCACUCAAGUCGGUUGACUCUUCAGAUCCAACCUCGCAGUUCAGUUUCAACAACCACGCACACUUCAAAAUGCCCCCCCUAAACCUCACCACCCGCUCCGAAACCUCCCCCUCCCCCUCCUCCCCCACCGAACACGACCCCUAUUACAUCCCCGCCACCACCCUCUCCAACGUGCCCCCCCUCGGCUGGAUCCUCAUCGGCCUCCUCUGCUUCUGCUUCCUCAUGAGCUGGGCCGUAGGGCAGUGUCUGACGUGGGGACAGCCGAAGUUGACGGAGAAGGAGUGGCGAAGGAGAAGGGAGGAGGAGAUGGAGGAGAUGGAGAGGGAGAUGAAGGAGAGGGAAAGGAGGGAGUGGGAACGGCAGAAUGCUUUGCCAAGGGGGUUGAGGGAGGAGGGGAGGGGGAAUGUUCAUGUUGGACGCGAUGCUGGGAGGGGGAGUCGACUGAAUACGUUGGUGGAAUGAGAGUACCUAGGUGAGGAGGGGGUAAGAGGGGGAAGAGGACGUUGACUGGGUGAGGAGGAUGCAGGGGAGGGGAGGGGAGUUAUUCUUUUCGGAUGUUGACUAUUCGAUUUACAUUCGGUUCUUGGGUGAUGUCUGGUGUUGGGGGAAUGUUUAGCCGUGAGUUAGGUAGGGAAGCGAUAAGAGGGGAGACGGGUGAAUGAGGACGAUGGAGAGGCAGCGGUGGGAAGUUAUUCCAUGUUAACUACUUCGAUUCUCUCUCUGGUGAUGUAUCGGGAUAACGUUUGAGGGUUGGGAAGUGAUAAGAGGAGGAAUGACUGGAUGAGAUAAUGGAGGGAAGAGGGGUCAAUGAGUCAUGAUGAGUCAUGAGAGCAGAAGGGGAGAGAAGAAGAGAUCUUCCGGUGUACGCGUUAAGAAGAGAAGAGUUUACCUAGGUAUGCGAGAGGAGGUUCACGAGAGGAAAAUCAAGAACCAAAUCAAAUUGU